AUGACAGAUGGAGUCGCCAUGUCCAAGGGCAAGGCUGUGGACAGGGACAUGGACAUGGACAUGGACAAGGUCAAGGUCAUGGCCAAGGUCAUGGUGGCUACGUGGGAGAAUGGGGGCCAUGCUCUUCUCUCCCCGUCUCACUCACAGACGCAUCCCGAUAGCCCCAAGGGACCCCUGAUGAAGAUAACCUGUAUUGACCAGGGGUUUACGAUCUAA